UUAUGGUCUACAUGGCCUACAGUUUCAAAUCGGAAAUUUUUUUCGCCGCGCUGACGAAGCGCAGCUGGUGCUAUGUCCUUUGCACCUGUUUCCACAUGCUCUACACGAUUCGCUUGGCUCGUGAGGAUCAGAAUGUGCUCGACCAAGGUGGACCCGCUGGAGUUGUCGUGCUCUACAUCCUGUUGUUUGUUGGCAUCGCGGCUGCCCGCAGGUGUUUUCUCUACAACACCAAGUUGAAGCUGCACGUACAAAGGCAAACCGUUGAACUGGGCGCCGUGUCCUCGUUGCUCUUGGUCUGCUACGACGCCGUUUUGGAGGUGGACGACACGCUCUGCCUCACUGCAGAGUCGCCCCAGUUGAGUUCACUGCUGCUGCGGUCCCAGCGCAGAUGGUGCGGCAAGUCCUUUUUGGAGUGUUUUGAUGACGAGGAUCAGGACCGGCUGCGCACGCAGAUCGCGGGCUCCAUCUCGGACGGCAAGUCCUCCGCGGUCAUGGCGCUGCACGUGGACAUGCUCGAUGCGGACCAGAACCGCGUGAAGGUGGAGCUCUUACAUGCGCGGUUUCAGAAUCUCUCCAAUGAGCGGCGUUUCUUGAUCGGCAUCCGCGAGAUCCAGGAUUGUUACGUGGACUCCUUGGCUCCGUUGCCCAACGACACGUUUACCUUUACUACGACCCCCCGCGACGUUGGUUCCCCUCGCGCUGCGCCGUUGGAUGGUGCCAGCAACACGGUGGUCUUCGAGGUGCCAUCCUUCGAGAUUUUGAGCAUUGGACAGGAUGUGCAACAGCUUUGCCAGGACAGAUUCCUCCGCCCUGAAAAUAUUUUGGACCUCUCCUGCGACCAAAGUCGUUUCGCCUUCUGCGACCAGCUACAGCACAUCGUCAACAGCCAAGCUGUGGAGUUGGCGAGUGAAGUGUCCCCCGUGUCCCACCAGGUCUCCUUCAACCUGCUGGGUCUUCAUUCUGUAACUGCCAUGGUGCAACUGGAAUUCGACCAUCUGCUGGAUACCAUGGGCCCAGGCAUCGAAGGUGUAGCUCUCACGGAAGCGAAUCUCAGGAAGCUGAAUGACCAACGGCGUCUUCGACGGCCUUCGACGUCUUCGUCGAGACGGUCGAGCUCCAGGCGCAGUCUGUCCUCCCGUAGAUCCAGUCUUCGCUCCAGCCGUGGGUCGAGUCAGCCGCGGUCAAAGACCCUGGCGUUGUGACCGGGGAACACCCGGAGGAGAUCUCCCAUUGACUGCGAUGAUCCCCAUCAUUCGCUUCUGAUUGGCAUCGAAUGAUGGCGUUGAAACCAGGACGAGUAGAUGCACUGCAGUAAUUUCACAUAGCGAAAAUGGCAAUUUUAAAGAUGUUAAAGAGGUGAACA